AGUGUCAUAAAAAUGUCACUUUAGACAAAACAAAAAACUCAAAAACAACAUAUGUAUUUUUAGAUAUUUUUAUAUAAAAUUUAAUUUUAAAAAAUCGUGAUCAAAAUUCUAAAUUAGCAGUGAUAAUGUCAGAUGAUGGGGACAAAGCAAGUGGGGACUCCCAAAAGUCCGAUCAGGUAAAGAUACCACCACCGGAACCCAUGGUGCCUAAGGUGCCAGAUGUUGAGUUAAUCAUGGAUGGCUUCGGCUUUAUGCCGAAGGGGGGUUUAGUAGGGAGAGGAAGAUCCGGGAGCAUCUUCCAUAAGCAGCAAAAGGACACGAUUGUGACGGAAGAGGAGACCAGGAGUCCUUGCAGCUCGAGCACUAACAUCGAUAUAGUUAGAAGGUAUACCUGGAAGACUAAGAACAGAAUGACUGUUCAGGUGAUAACGUAUGGUGCUACAAUAACGUCUAUCCAAGUUCCUGACAGAAAGGGAAAUCCAGAUGACGUGCUCGCUGGAUUUGACACACUUGAAGAAUACUUCCAGCCCAGAAACCCCUACUUCGGCGGCACUAUCGGCCGUUAUGCCAACGUGAUCCAGGAUGGCACCAUGGUGGUUAGGCCUUCUGGCAGGACCUACAUGUUGUCGACCAACAAAGGGCACAACCACUACCAUGGCGGCUAUGUUGGCUUUGAUAAGGUAAACUGGCGAUCAUACGUUGACGGCUACAAGGUGAUAAUGAGCCACGUGUCGGAGAGGUUCUCCGAGGGCUACCCCGGCACGGUGAUGGCCCAGGUGACCUUCGAGGCCACCUGCGACAACUCCCUCAAGGUCACGAUGAAGUGCACCACCAGCGAGCCAACUGCGAUCAACCUGAGUCAAGCCCCGUACUUCAAUCUCGCUGGACAUCACGCGGGACCCGACCCGAUGUUAGACCACAUAUUCAGCAUCAACGCAGAUAAAUACACGGUGGCCGAUGAAGAAGGACUAGUCACGGGUGAAAAGCGUAUAGUAGGAGGGACUGCCUACGAUUUCCGAGUGCCCAGAGUACUCAGGACCAUGCUGCCGAAGAUACCCCAGGGCGGGUAUGACAUCAACUUCUGCGUCACCCAGGGCACAGAGCAAAGCUUGACUUUCCAGGCCAGGGCCCUCCACCCAAUGUCUGGGCGUGUACUGGAGCUAUACAGCAAUCAGCCCGGAAUGCAGUUCUACACCGGGAACCUGCUGCCUGACCCUGACAAGAUUUAUGAGGUUGAAGAAGACGAGGAAGAAGAAGCCGAAGGGAGCGAGGGCAGUAGUAAGUCUAGUGUGGAUGGCGAGGAAGAAGAAGAAAAAGAGGGCAAGCCGAGGUAUGGGUACGUACCGCUGAUGGGCAAGCAGGGGACAUACUAUCGGAAACACGGUCUGUUCUGCCUCAUGCCACAAAAUUAUCCUGAUGCCAUUAAUCAUAACAAUUUCCCAACAUCAGUGCUGAAUCCCGGCGAGGUUUACGUCCACAGCAUACAGUACAAGUUCGGUAUACUCCUCGGAAAAUACGUGUGAAAAUAAAUAAAAAUAAAAAUUCGUAAAACGUGUUGUCCUGUCUGCACUAAUGAAUAAACAUAUGUGAACGGCGA